GCAUCACAUGUCCCUCGCUACUCGCCGUAGUUUAACCGUCCUGGCUUCCCGUCGAUCCCGGAUGUUCGAAUUCGUUCGUUGUACAUGUGUAGGUUUUGUUUAUUUGUUCUUUAUCGUGAGAAGAGUGAAGCAAUGUCCGUCAACGCCACAAACCCCAACAAUCCCAUUGUUUUCUUCGACGUUACAAUUGGAGGACAGGAUGUGGGGCGGAUGAAGAUUGAACUUUUUGCUGACGGUCCCAAAACGGCAGAGAAUUUCCGGCAGUUCUGCACUGGAGAGUUUCGGAAGGAUGGUGUGCCUAUCGGUUUCAAGGGCUGCACAUUCCAUAGGGUGAUCAAAGACUUUAUGAUCCAAGGAGGAGACUUCGUCAAUGGUGACGGUACCGGUAUCUGCAGCAUCUACCGAGGUCCGUUUGCUGAUGAGAACUUCCGGGUGAAGCAUUCUGCGCCUGGUCUCCUAUCAAUGGCAAACAGUGGUCCAGGCACAAAUGGAUGCCAAUUUUUCCUAACUUGUACAAAAUGUGACUGGCUGGAUGGAAAACAUGUCGUCUUUGGUAAAAUCGUUGAUGGACUGCUGAUCAUGAGAAAAAUUGAGAACGUUCCCACGGGACCCAACAACAAGCCCAAGCUCCCUAUCCUCAUUGCACAAUGUGGAGAGAUGUGAACCGCCAUGCAUGCAAAUUGCUAUGUGUGCACGUGAAGUGACCGAUAUUCUUCUAGUCCAUGCACUAUAUCAGUUUAGCACGUCUCAUUUAAAAAAACAACACAUACCUUUGCGGCAUAAAUAGUGAAUAAAUUGUUUUUCAUUUUUAUAAA